AUGGACGAGGAACAAUUAAUUUUAUUAGUGCAAGAGUAUACUUUCCUGUAUGAUCUGCAAGAUGGAAGGUACAGCAAUCAAACGGUGCGAGAAAACGCGUGGGAGGAAAUAGCUGAGAAAAUGAAAUGCUCAGCAAAAGACUGUAAAAAAAAGUGGAAGAAUCUUCGUGAUCCAUAUAGACGAAGUGUAGAAAACCGGAAGACUAAAUCUGGUCAGGCAGCAGUCAAUCACAGAAAAUGGAAGUUCGAGAAAGAAAUGGAGUUCCUUUCGAAAUAUUCAAAUAACAAAGCAGGCAACAUUAAGACAAAUGUACCACUUCAACAAGACGAAGACGCAUCAGUAUCAGAUGAAGAUGAAUCUGCUAGCAACCCCAACGAAUCAGAAGAUCUAUUAGAAACUCAAAGCGAAUGA